AUGCUUCGUCCACGAAGCUUUGUGCAGGUCCGGAAAAAGUCGAAGCAAACGACGCCGAAGCUGCGCUGCCAGGAGCAUGCAGCCAUGCAGCUUGCGGAUCCCAUGUCUGAAGGCUCAGUGGGACUGCAACUUGCAACGAAGGCUCAUCAGCCGAUUCUCCAGGAGACAGAGUUGCCGCAGGAGCACAGGCAGAACCUGAACCAGGACUGCCAGGUGCCACCGAAGGCUUGGAGCCCAGCGAUCGGGAUUCGCACCUGCUUCUUGCAGUUUCAAGGCCGCGAUUUGAACGUCUUGGAGGUUGCUCGCUCCGUGGACGAGGCGACCCGUGCAAAGGAGCAGCUGGCUCGCGAUUCGAUCGUGCGAGCACGAGACGAGGUGCAAGCUCGAAAAGCAGCAUUGCAGGCGCAAAUGCGGGAGAAGGAGCUGCAGCUGCUGGAGGAGGAAAGAAGGCUUGCCGGCCUGGAGCAGGAGCUCAAGACGGGCUGCUCCCUGGCGGAACAGAAGCGCGUUCAGGACCUACGCACAGCUAUCGAGUCGCGCGGGCGCGCCGUGCGAACGCUCGAACGCGAGGUGUCUUCAAAGAAGGAUGCCAUGCAGAGAGCGACAGAUGCCUACGUAGAGGCAGAAGAGAGGCUUGCAGACGCAAAGUCCUCGAUGAAGAAGUUGGAAGAGGAGAUGCUCGAGAUCAUCCUGGCAACAGGAAAGGCCAAGGAUGCCCGACUCACAGACCUGCUGAUGAAGGUCCCAGAGGUGGAGAAGGUCGAAGAGAUGCCCGCAUGA